AUGUCCGCUUUUACCUCACCCUCUCAACCGGUCAAGGUUGAACCUAGGAAGAAAACCAAAAAAAAAUGGCACAUACGAGAUGACCCUAUUACAUGGCAGAAUUGGUAUAAACACCUCAACUGGCUUCACACUCCAGUUCUAGUGUCGACACCGUGUAUCGCAAUCUAUGGAUUAGGAAUUACAGCAGGUUCGUUACCUUUCUCACCACAUUCGAAAUUUUCCAAGCCUUUCGAAAAACCAGCGGACGAGCAUCAACAUCAUAUCAUGGACCUCCACAUUUUCAUUGGUUAUCACAGGCUGUGGGCUCAUCGUUCGUACAAAGCUUCUCGCCCCUUUGAAAUAUUUUUGAUUUUUAUAUCUUCCGGUGCGGUGGAAGGUUCAAUUAGGUGGUGGUGCAGAGACCAUCGAGCUCAUCAUCGAUGGACUGACACGGAACGUGACCCUUAUGAUGCUCAAAAAGGACUUUUUUAUUCGCAUUUUGGCUGGAUGAUGUUAAAGCAAAACCCUAAUAAAAUAGGUCGAGCUGACAUUUCGGACCUUAAUGCUGAUCCUUUAAUAAUGCUUCAGAAUAAAUAUUAUGGCGUAUUUGCGGUUGUCAUGGGGUUUAUUUUACCAACUGUGGUUGCUGGACUUGGUUGGGGCGACUGGAGGGGUGGAUUCUUCUUUGCCGCCAUCAGUCGUCUCGUUUUCGUACACCACGCGACCUUCUGUGUUAAUUCCAUCGCCCACUACCUCGGCGACACUCCUUUUGACGAUCGUCAUAGUCCACGUGAUCACUUCAUAACAGCCAUACUAAGUUUGGGCGAAGGCUACCAUAACUUCCAUCACGAAUUUCCCAUGGAUUAUCGAAAUGCCAUAAAAUUUUAUCAGUACGAUCCAACAAAAUGGUUGAUUAAAUUGCUUUCUUAUUUCGGUCUAACAAAGCACCUAAAAAAAUUCCCAGAAAAUGAAAUAAAGAAAUGUCAUUUGAUAAUGAAACAGAAAAAACUGGAUGACGAGAAGGCAAAGUUAGACUGGGGGACACCGCUGAAUCAACUCCCCAUCUACACCUAUGAAGAAUUAACACACAUGUUUAAAUCAGAUGAGGAAAAUGCCAAAAAAAACAACUGGAUUUGCAUUGAGGGGAUCAUUCAUGAUGUUACUGGUUUCAUGGAAGAUCAUCCUGGUGGUAAAUUGCUUCUCGCCACUGCUUUGGGAAAGGAUAUGACCACAGCAUUCAAUGGAGGAAUUUACGAUCACUCGAAUGCCGCCCGAAAUCUGAUGUCCACCUUACGUAUUGGCGUUAUAGCGGGCGGAGGUGAGGUCAUUAGUCGUAAAACCAAACAACACAAUAACUUGAAUUAG